AAUGUUGCCGUUUACUUUCAGUCUUUUAAAAUGUAACAGCUGCGAUUUCACGCAAAAACUGCGCCUGAUGCCCACUAAAGUACACAAAAUAACACCUACGAGCGAAUUCCAUAGGGAGGUGGAUGAAGAGACUUUAGAGAGCCUGAAAAAGUCUUUCGAAAACAUGGAGGAUGUCUACAAGCUUGAGGAUGAUACCAGGUUGUUUCUCUUUGGCAACGUGGUAGACGAGGGAAAAAUUGUUUGUGACAGUUGUAGCGUCUACUUUUCUAUCGAAGAUGGCAUCGUUGAUUUUAUCAAUCCUGUUAAAAUAGAGAAGAAUGACGUAGAGGCAGAAUGACCGUGAUGUGCACAUCCAGUGGAAAUAAAUUAUUACUAUCAACAGAA